UUUCAUGCUCAUGCACAAAGCCCACAUCACCCAACAUAGCGAAAUCCACACCCAUGGAGGGCUCCUCCAAAGCUUUCCUUGAGCUUGCGCUUGUUUUAGCUUCCGCGCUCUGCGCGAUCACCCUGUUCGUGCCGGUCGACGCCCAAAUCAGCAUGCCGUGCACCGCAUCAAUGAUCUCGAGCUUCACGCCGUGCUUCAACUUCAUCACCGGGAGCAGCGCGAAUGCGUCAACACCCUCCUCAGGCUGCUGCAACUCCUUCAAGUCGCUCUUGCGGACCAGCAUUGACUGCACUUGCCUCGUCCUCACGGCCAACGUGCCCAUCCCAUUGCCCGUCAACCGGACCCUCGCGCUGUCGCUCCCCCAGGCUUGCAACGGCGGCAUUCCCUUGCGGUGCCAAGCCUCCGGUUCGCCCCUUCCUCCUCCAGGUCCAGUAUUGUUUGGCCCAACUCCUGCACCUGCAGCUUCUUCACCCCAUCAUCAUGAAGCUGGUUCUGGUUCUCCACAUAUGGCUCCUUCUCCAUCAUUAUUAAGCCCCCGAGCUUCCAAAGCAGCAACAGCAUCCCCACCAGCACCGGCGCCUGAAUCCGACACCACAUCGGACGCGACACCGGCUUAUUCACCUGCAGAAUCAGUGGGUCCAUCAACAACUCCUGGUAUCCGGCCCGUUCUGAACCCGUCUUCUUCGGCGUCAAACCCAUCUCCCCUUUCUUUAUCAUACCUCCUAAUUUUUAUAGGUGCUGUUGUAUUCAAAUCCUAUUGAGUGAUUGCAUACUCUCCCGAUCUGUUGAUAUAUGUGUAUCUGUACGCAAGGGCAUGCACAUGCACUCAGACGUUCAUUCUGUGGCGACCAUAGAUUUGUCUUGGUUCAUCUGAAGUUUGACCCCAGAAGUCAAAAGUACUUUUAUCAGCUAA